AAACUGAUAUUAAUCACGCAGGAGCCAUUUAAAAAACUGGCACAACAUCAAGAUUUCCGAUUACAGGGCCCAACACGGGAACAUAGAAUACGUCAGGAAAACGUACAUCAGGUGUGAGCUGUGUGGACUUGUAAUUCUCUUCGAAUAUAACAAGGUGAACUCGCAUUUGCUGAAUAAGCACAUGAUGACCUUUGUUGCCUAUAAGAGGAAGUUCAGCAACAACUACCUGGAUUACCCAGAACCAACAGUCAAGAUUAAACGGAACAGAGUCCGAAAAAUCCCUCCUCCUCAGUUUGGAGGAUUGUUGAAUGCAUUUAGUGCCACCAUGGACGAGGGGGAGGAGAUUAAUGGAUUGAAUGUAGGCAGCCCAAUGCAAAUGAAUGGAGUUAAUGGAGGGAACCAAGAGGAGAUGAAUGGAAUGAGUAGUAUCAAUGGAUUGCAGAUUAUGAACACCUUCAGUCUUAGUAAGGAGAAAUCCAACGGAUCUUCAAAUGAAAAGACCCUUGCUCUGAACAAGUCGAUCAGUAUAACCAAAAUAUCGAGACCAAGUUCACAAACCAACGGGAACGCACAAAUCCACCAAAACGAGACCGAUGCCUUGAUCCAGAUAAAAACAGAGAAAAAAGUUAAAGAGGAACCGCUGGAGGUGGCGCCCUUUUUUUGUGAAAAUUAAUAUUUUUUCCUGCUCAAAUAACCGCUCUCAUAUUCUUUCAUCAAACCGUGUAAAUUAAUUUUUGUAUGCAAUUCUCUUUUUUCGCUUAUAAAAUAAGUUAAAAAUGUUAAAGGAAGAGAUUUUUGAUGUCUUUAAGUUGGACAGAUGUUUUAUUCAAAAUAAUCUUUGAAGAGUGCAAUCAUAGAUUCACUAUUUACUAUAUUUUUUACAAAAAUUAUCUUUUUAACAGAACUUGAGUCGAGUGUCUGUAAAUGCAGUCCCACAAAAAAGGCUAACUGAUCAUUGAAAUGUGUAAAUUUCUUCAAUUUUCCUUUUAAUUCCGAUAUUUCUUUUCCUUUUGCAACAUUAAAAAUGAUUAUAAUGAGUUUUUUAAUUUAUUUGAAUUUAGAUAUGUAACGUGUCAGUAUUGUGUUAUAAGAAACUUUAUUUUAAACAAGAAUAAUAUUGAUUUUUUUUUGCUUUUUGCGCAUUUUGACACUUGUCAGCCCAAAAUCCAGAUUGGAAAAGAAGUUCGGGUCUAACCUAGAGAACGAUUUUUGCCCCCCCCCCCUCUCGCUGCGGCUAGGACAGGCUAGAGGGCCGAGCGCCGCGGAUAAUUACAUUUAAAGUUAAUGAUCUUUUCCGUUGUAGUCUUUGAUAACAGAUGUAUAAAUAUUAUGUCAAAGCAAAACAAAAGUUUUAUUAAAUACUCCAGUCGUAAAUUACGAAAAUUGUACCUUUUUAUUGAUAUGUAAUAAGUGCUUUAAUCCAACACUGGUGACUUGAAAUUUGAUAAUUAAAUCAAUUUUAACCUAA